AUGGGAAAAUUUGACGUAUCUCUUAUUCGCUAUUUAAGUGGAGAAGAUUAUCGUGUAUUAACGGCUAUUGAAAUGGGUAUGAGAAAUCAUGAACUUGUCCCAUUACACUUAAUUGCUGUGAUUGCAUCACUGAAACAUGGUGGAUGUCAUAAAAUACUUCGAGAAUUGGUUCGUCAUUGUUUAGUUGCAUACGAUGCAUCGGCUAGGAGAAGAUCAAAAGGUGAGGGUUAUCGUUUAACAAAUCUUGGCUAUGAUUAUUUAGCUUUAAAAACAUUAGCAGCAAGAGAUAUUAUCCACUCAGUAGGAAAUCAAAUUGGUGUAGGAAAAGAAUCUGAUAUCUAUAUUGUU